CACUCUGAGUUGGCACUUUCUCUGUGCUCUCAUCCAGUGCCUGUCAUCCCUCUGUGCUCUGCAGUUUGGCUCUGUCACCUCAUACCUUGGUUGUGCUACAGUGUGCUGUGCUGUGAUAUUCACCUGUUCUCUAUUUUCCCCAGGCGGCAUUACAGAUGGCGAACGAGUUAAGGCCCUGCCCAUGUGAUAUUGGAGACAGGUUUGAUUAUGGCGGCCGUGGGCAGGAAGUACAAGUUGAGCACAUCAAGGCAUAUGUCUCCAAACCCUCCACCAGCACAGACAAAGCUGUGAUCGUGAUUCAUGACGUAUUUGGAUGGGAACUCCCAAACACGAGAUACAUAGCCGAUAUGCUAACAGCCAAUGGAUACGUAGCCAUCUGCCCAGAUUUUUUUGUGGGACAAGAAGCGUGGAAACCUUCAAAUGAGUGGGCUACCUUCUACGAUUGGGUGAAAACACGAGAUGCCGGCAAAAUAGACAAAGAAGUUGACGUUGUCAUGAAGUAUCUAAAGGAACAUUGUGGUGCAAAGAACAUUGGUGUAAUUGGGUUCUGUUGGGGUGGAGCAGCAGUACAACACCUGAUGCUGAAAAAUCCUCAUUUAAAGACAGGAGUAUCUCUUUAUGGAGUGAUCAAGUUCUUUGAUGACAAAAGCAGUUUGCUUCACCCAACCUUCUUCAUUUUUGCUGAAAAAGAUGAAGUCAUCCCUCUGGAGCAAGUUACCAUGCUGGAGCAGAAGCUUAAACAAAACACUAAAGUUGAUUAUGAAGUUAAAAUUUACCCUGGACAGACUCAUGGUUUUGUGCACCGCAAAAAAGAAAACAUCAAUCCUCAGGAUAAACCUUACAUUGAGGAAGGAAGAAGGGAUAUGAUCAACUGGCUGAAUAAAUACAUGUAGAAGAAAUCAAUAUUGAUUAAAAUGCUCUUAAAAUCAUCAAAAUAUUUUGUAUAUACCUUUUGCAAUAGCACUACUUGUAUGCACUUAUUUUCUAAGGAGAUGUAUACAUUUUUACAAAUGCAGCAGACAUUGCAGUUUUACAGUUGUAACUGUAAAAAAAAAUUGAUUUCAACUUCAUGUACCUUAAAAUUAUUAUAAAAGGAUGUAGGGUUUUUUCUAGAAUCUGAAAGAUUCUCUUUCUUAUAUUUCUAUCAGUGUAAUAAAAGAUCAUUGAAACUCUGUGUCCACUCA